UUGUAAUUUUCCUAACAUCAGAAACAUCAGAAAACCAUCCACUGGCGCCUCGCGAUUUCUUAUCCUUCCCGCCCGCCUGCCUCACUGUCCGUACGCCUCUGCUCUUCAGUCUCCCUCACUGCUUUCGGCGCCGGUCUCCCUCUACUGUCCGUCCCUUCUAAUUUCUAAAGAGAAGAAGAACAUGUCACCUCUUCAUCCACUCAGGGGACAGCAUCUCUUGAUAACUCUCUAGAUGAUAUGUUCUUCUCACCUCCAUGGCCUCUGCCUUAUGAUACCGAUCCAAGUGAGAAACUUGAUUUUUGCUACUUCAUGUAUUGGAUGUUUUCCACAUAACAAGUGUAGCAACAACUUUAAGAAGGCUAUAGUUUUUCAAUUCUGCAGCCACAGGAAAGAGUACAGCAGCUGUCAGAGUGGUGUUUCUCCUAGAAUCUUAUCAAGUGAAAUUCAUCCUAUUCUUCGAUCCAGUGGUCUUCAGCAUUGGUUCAAGAAUUGGCAAAAUUUGAGAAAGAAUAAACUGACAGCAAGUACUUUUGCAACAGCUAUUGGCUUUUGGCAUCGCAGAAGGAUCCAACUAUGGCUAGAGAAGCUUGGGGCAAUCGAGCCAUUUGCAGGUAAUUUAGCUACCUGUUGGAGCAACAUUAAGGAAGAGGAAGCUCUUGAAAGAUAUAAGCUGAUAACAGGAAAUACAGUAUCAUUUCCUAAAUUCCAGGUCUAUGGGGAGCAGAACCCGGAUGAUAAUUGGCUAGCAGCUUCCCCAGAUGGGUCUGUUGACAGUGUUGUUUACGGUUUGUCUUCUCGCGGGGUUCUUGAAAUUAAAUGUCCAUUCUUUGAUGGUGAUAUGAGAAAGGCUAUCCCUUGGAAAAGAAUACCACUUUAUUUUAUUCCCCAAGCUCAAGGAUUGAUGGAAAUACUGGACCGAGAUUGGAUGGACCUGUACAUGUGGACUGUGAAUGGCAGUAGUUUGUUUAGGUUACACCGUAAUAGGGAAUAUUGGGAUGUCUUGAAGAUAGCAUUGUCUGAUUUCUGGUGGAAACAUGUCCAACCUGCAAAAGAGGAGUGCAAUAAAUCAGUUAUCACAAAUCCUCGCGUUCAAUUAAAAUCGCUUAUGCCAGCUCCUAAGCAUGAACUAUGCAGUCACAUUGUAUAUGAAAGUAAACGUGUUGUUGACAACUCGGUGCUGCUCAUGCGCGAAAUUAAUUUUAAAUUGCAAAACUGAUGCGGUAAAGUCAUGAAACCUGGUUGAUUUGCCUGGAAGCGAGAGGUCCUUCUUUAUCACCAUGAUGUAAGUUGAAAUAAGCUCUAAAGAUUGGCUUUCGAGGCUGAUGAAGAGAUGCUAAAAUUGAAAUGGAAAACUUAAUAGUAAGAAAGUGGAGCUAGACAGAAGUAUUGCAAAAGAAGCCUUGAACUGUAGAAGCAGCAGCAGUGAGUUUCACCAAAUGAUUGUAUGUUUGAAUAGCAGUAUAUCUCCUUUAGUGAAUCUUUGUUGGAUUGUUGAACGAAUCAUCACAAAUCUUCUUGUUCAACUAAAAUCUCUUUGGCCAGCUCCUAAGCAUGAACUAUGCAGUCACAUUGUAUAUGAAAGCAAACGCAUCAUUGACUCUUCAAAGCUGCCGCUGCAUGAUAUUCGUGGAAAAUUGCAAAAUUGAUGUGGUAAAGUGACGAAACAAGUGUGAUUUUCAUGGAAGAGAGAUCUCUUUCUUUUGUCGCCAUGAUGUAAGUAGAAACUCAGUUCUAAAGAUUGGCUCUCUAGGCUGAUGAAGGAAGUUAAGGAUAAAAUGGAAAGCUUAACUGUCAGAACAUCAGAAAGACCAAGCCUAUGCACCUCUCACUCCAACAGGCAUAUUUAUGGAUGAAUGAAUAUAAAGAUGCACUCUUAUUUCACCCUUAGCUAUGCAAAGCCAUAUCUCAAGUCAAUUUGUCUACAGCUCUAGUCCAACUACUAAAUACUGUCAAAUGGCUACAAAGUUGACCCUACCAAGAAGCCAAUAAGCCAUCACUGAUUUUGAAGGUAUUAAAGAUUUCAAAUAGCUGAACAUCUCGAGGAACUGAGCUAUUUGUUCAUGUUCACCAGUGAAGACUUAUGUAUAUAUACCUCUGUAAAUGCUCUCCCUGAACACUAUCUGGUAAACAAGGAAUUUUUCUAAUUCUAAGCUGUUCCUUUGCAGAAUCUGAAUUGUUAUGGUCAUUAGCAAUUUGGAAUCGGAAUGCUGAGACAUACAAUAAAAUCAUUCUUAUAUUGUUUGCUUCAGUUUAUAGCUUUAUUGAGAGAAGAAUUGGAUAUAAUAAUGACUUUUUAUUUGAUAAUUGAGUCCUUUAUGCAACAAAUCAAUUGCAUAAAUUGAAGUUCUGCAUAAUCUACUUGCUGAUUUUUUUUCCUAG